AACACGCAUGCGUAGAAAGAAGACCGUUAGCUAGCUGUCAGAAAGGAGUACUGGAUCGAGGUGUGAGACUGACGUUGAACCGAAUCGAACUAGAUCCACUCUAUUAACGGGACUCUUCCACAGCAGCGUUGAAGCCACGUCGAAACCUAUUUCGUUGAUUUUUACCACUUCAGACGCGUAAUCAGACGGAAUAACAUAUCACUAUAAUAAAAGACACUGGUACCGGGCCGGGGUCUGGGCCAGUGUCUGUUGUUGUUCUGUGACCAGAACCGGACCACGCCGGUACCGAAUUUUCCUGUGGCCGCAAAACGUAUAUUUCAGAACAGUCGACGCAAACCUUGAAGUGUGGAUGGUGGAGGCAACAGCUGGGUGACUGGACCUCGGAAUCCUGCUUUGAAUAUUUCUGUCUGACUAACUUAUCUAGCGAGUUAAUUGGCUCUCCCGGUUCGCUUUCACCCAUCCCCUGCAUCCCUCUUGGGCUGUCACUAUGGGUAACCGGGGGAUGGAGGACUUGAUCCCACUGGUGAAUAGACUUCAAGAUGCCUUCAGCACCAUCGGCCAGAGCUGCAACCUUGACCUGCCACAGAUCGCCGUAGUUGGUGGACAAAGCGCAGGAAAGAGUUCGGUUUUGGAGAACUUCGUUGGAAGGGACUUCCUGCCCAGAGGAUCGGGGAUCGUCACACGAAGGCCUCUUGUGCUGCAGCUGAUCAGCACAAACACAGAGUAUGCCGAGUUCCUGCACUGUAAGGGGAAGAAGUUCACAGACUUCGACGAGGUGCGCCAGGAGAUCGAGGCGGAGACGGACCGCGUCACCGGGGCCAACAAGGGCAUCUCGCCCGUGCCCAUCAACCUGCGCGUGUACUCGCCGCACGUGCUCAACCUCACCCUCAUCGACCUGCCGGGCAUCACCAAGGUGCCGGUGGGGGACCAGCCGGCCGACAUCGAGUACCAGAUCAGAGACAUGAUCAUGCAGUUCGUCUGCAGGGAGAACUGCCUCAUCCUGGCCGUCACCCCCGCCAACACCGACCUGGCCAACUCCGACGCCCUCAAACUGGCCAAAGACGUGGACCCUCAGGGCCAGCGCACCAUUGGCGUGAUCACCAAGCUGGAUCUGAUGGACGAGGGCACGGACGCCCGCGAAGUGCUGGAGAACAAGCUGCUGCCCUUGCGCAGAGGGUACAUCGGGGUGGUGAACCGCAGCCAGAAGGACAUCGACGGGAGGAAGGACAUCAAGGCCGCGCUGGCGGCCGAGAGGAAGUUCUUCCUGUCGCACCCCUCCUACAGGCACAUGGCCGACAGCAUGGGCACGCCGCACCUGCAGAAAGUCCUGAAUCAGCAACUCACAAACCACAUCCGGGACACCCUCCCUGCAUUCCGCAGCAAGCUGCAGACGCAGCUGCUCUCCCUGGAAAAGGAGGCCGAGGAGUACCGCCACUUCCGCCCGGAUGACCCCGCCCGCAAGACCAAGGCCCUGCUGCAGAUGGUGCAGCAGUUCUCGGUGGACUUCGAGAAGAGGAUCGAGGGUUCCGGCGACCAGGUGGACACGGUGGAGCUCUCUGGCGGAGCCAAGAUCAACCGCAUCUUCCACGAGCGCUUCCCCUUCGAGCUGGUCAAGAUGGAGUUUGACGAGAAGGAGCUACGUCGGGAGAUCAGCUACGCCAUCAAGAACAUCCACGGCAUCAGGACAGGCCUGUUCACGCCCGACAUGGCGUUCGAGGCCAUUGUGAAGAAGCAGAUAGUGAAGCUGAAGGAGCCGUGCAUCAAGUGCGUGGACAUGGUCAUCCAGGAGCUCAUCAACACGGUGCGCCAGUGCACCACCAAGCUGGCGAACUUUCCAAGGCUACGGGAGGAGACGGAGAGAAUCGUGACCACACACAUCCGGGACCGGGAGAGCCGGGCCAAAGACCAGGUUUUGUUGGUAAUUGACGUACAGCUCUCCUACAUCAAUACGAACCACGAAGACUUUAUUGGUUUUGCGAACGCUCAACAGAGAAGCAGUCAGAUGAGCAAGAAGCGCUCUGCAGGAAACCAGGGCGCGGCGCCUCCACCCUCCAGCCAAAUUGUUAUACGUAAGGGCUGGCUGACCAUCAGCAACAUCGGCAUCAUGAAGGGCGGGGCCAAGGAUUACUGGUUUGUGCUGACGGCGGAGAGCCUGUCCUGGUUCAGAGACGACGAGGAGAAAGAGAAGAAGUACAUGCUGCCUCUGGACAACCUGAAGGUUCGAGACGUGGAGAAGAGCUUCAUGUCCAGCAAGCACAUGUUUGCCAUCUUCAACACAGAGCAGAGGAACGUGUACAAGGACUACCGGCACCUGGAGCUGGCCUGCGACACCCAGGAGGAGGUGGACAGCUGGAAGGCCUCUCUCCUGCGCGCAGGGGUGUACCCCGAAAAGGCCCCGGUGGACGGGGACAGCUCGGGCCCCUCGGACAACUUCUCCAUGGACCCCCAGCUGGAGCGGCAGGUGGAGACCAUCCGCAACCUGGUGCACUCCUACAUGGCCAUCGUCAACAAGUGCAUCCGCGACCUGAUGCCAAAGACCAUCAUGCACCUCAUGAUCAGCAACGUGAAAGACUUCAUCAACGCGGAGCUGCUGGCCCAGCUCUACUCCGCGGGGGACCAGAGCGUGCUGAUGGACGAGUCGCAGGAGCAGGUGCAGCGGAGGGAGGAGGUGCUGCGCACGCACCACGCCCUGAAGGAGGCGCUGGCCAUCAUCGGAGACAUCUCCACCAGCACCGUCUCCACCCCCCUGCCGCCCCCCGUCGACAACUCCUGGCUGCAGGCCGGCCCCGGCGGGGCCCGCAGGUCGCCCCCCCCGAGCCCCACGGCUCCCCGGAGGAUGUCCACGGGCCCCCGGGCCCCCGCGCGCGGCCCCGCCCCUGGGGCCCCCCCCGUGCCCUCCCGCCCCGGGCCGCUCGGACCCUUCAACAACAACAACGUCGACGGAUUCCCGCCCCCCCAGGUGCCCAGCCGACCCAACCGCGCCCCUCCCAGCAUUCCCAGCCGGCGGCCUCCUCCUUCUCCCACGAGACCCACCAUGAUUCGGCCGGGGGACCCCUCCCUGCUGGACUGAGCGUUGAACUGAGCCCCGGGGGGGACCCCCACGACUUAACCCCGCAUGCCCCGCCCCCGCCCCCCCGCCCAACAUAGCCCCUGUGCUCAGUCUAGCCCCUCUCGGGCCCAGCAUAUCGGCCCCCUGUGCAGUAGUGCCUGUGCUGUGUCUCUGUGUCUCUGUGCUGUGCUCUCCUGUGCUGCAGGUUUGCAGAGUGGCUCUGCUUCUUUACACUGGACCGCGGCCCGUCCGUCUCUCCCGUCUAACCCGAUAGGCUGAACGCCGGUAGUCCUCAGUGUUACACGUGUUAAUAGUGUACUGCCCCUGCACCACCACCAGCCCACCAGACCACCAGACCACCAGUCCCAAACCACAGCGAGACACAGACGCUCCCAGUGUUGCAUGCCUGGGAAACUGCCAUCAUCUUUGUACUGUAAACGAGUUCCAGUAUAUUCACAGUGUUAGCAUAUUGUACGCUCCAGGGCUGAGGGGCUUUUGUGCCCGUUUCUGUUGGAGGUGAGCGGGGCGAGUGCGUGAGGGUGCUGGAGAGAGUGCUGGUCUGUCUUUGGAGCCUUGCUUCUUCCCGUCCUUGUCCUUCAUUUUAGUCACUACGAGGUAUCGUUUCCCAGACUGUUUCCAUCGCUGUGCGUGUGCGUGUGCGUGUGUGUGUGUGUGUGUGUGUGUGUGUGUGUGUGCCUGUAUGAUGAAAGCAGAAGUGUUUUUUGGAGGAUUAGGGACCUCAGAGGGAGUUGUGUGUCCGCAGCUGUCCGUUAUUGGAAAGCAGUUGGAAGGAAGAGGCGGAAGGUUCUAGUAGGGAGUAUCGCCGACCCCCGCUGUACCUGUGACCCCUGCCGGUCAUGCUCUUCUCUCAGCUGAGACCCCGUCUCUCCUCUGUAACUCAAACAGCGCAGAAGUGUGCUGUGGGGAUUGUGGGAAUGCGCUGAGCUUGCAUUAACCCGCAAGAGCUCAGACGCGGCUUAGGAAGACUCCCAGUCUGUCCGUCUGUGCGAUGUUUCAGUGGCCCUGGCCAAGGUUUCCCCCUCUGCUCUCUGACCACCCUGUCUGCCCUGUCCUCCUCCCUGGCUCCUCCCCCUCCCCCCUCUCGGUGUCAGAGUGCUCCUGUGUCUGAGCUCCAGGUCAUUCCACUGUGUGCUGGCUGAGGGCCCCUGUCUGUGGACCCCGGCCCCUUCCUGUCGGGCUUUCUGUUCUCCCUCUCAGUCAGUGGUGUUCGGCUGUUAGCCUCGUGACUGUAGCGUCUCGCGUGUAACCCCCCAAACUUCUCUGUGCCCCUCACUCUUCUGUCUCCCUCCGAGUCCCCUUUCUUGCUCUCCAAUAAAGCUCUGGUAUUUCCAGUCUC